AUGCUGUUCUUUUGGGUUGCUUUUCUGCUUUGCUUUCGCAGCAUAGUUGCGGACUCUGACGAUGAUUUCACCUCGUAUGUCUCGCUCCCCGGAGUGCGAGCUUUGAAAUUCGACCUCGCCUGGUAUGAUCGCGAAGCCGCUAGUCCUGGCUACUGGUUUGUCGCACCGUAUGCCCAAAUCGAUCCGGAACCUACAACGAAACAAUACAAGCCUUGCCAGGUCGGCCCGUAUAUUUUUGACGACGAUGGUAUUCUCGUUUGGGCUGGAUCUUGUCUGUAUAACAACCAGAAUGCGUUCGAUUUCAGAGCGGUCACUACCAUGGACGAUGGUAAAUCCCACGUCUCGUUCAUUCGUGCCCACAUGUACGACGAUGCCUCGGACAAAGGAUCUGGCCAUAUCCUGAACGAGCACCUCGAGCCGGAAUAUACGGUUCCUGUCACCAACGACUUGGGCAACUUCAACAUGCACGAGUUUCAUGUCCUCGCUGGUGGAAAGACGGCUGUGGCCAACCUCUACCGACCCCAGUACGUGGACCUGGGCGACCUUGGCCGCCCAGAUGAGUUUGGUUGGCUCACGACGGGUGGUUUCGUCGAGUUGGAUAUCACCACGGGCGAAGUCUUGUAUGAAUGGAACUCGCUUGGUCACAUCCCUAUCCACGAAUCCUUCAGAGUGAACCCGUGGGAUGGCCCGUCGGACCAUCCCGGAUGGGAUUAUAUCCACGUCAACGCAGUCGACAAAAACGACGCUGGCGAUUACAUCUUGUCCUGCCGUUUCACCAACACUGUCUACUUAAUCUCUGGCGAGGACGGACACAUCAUCUGGCGCCUGGGCGGAAAAUAUACGGACUUUGUGCAGGACUUUACUUUCUCCAGGCAGCACGACGUGCAAUUCUACGAGUCCAACGAGAACCGUACCAUCAUCUCGAUGCUCAACAACGGUUCGGAUGAGCUUGAAAACGAAGAAAAUGUUUCGUCCGCUCUGCUCAUUGAGAUAGACGCUAACUCGAGCCCGAAAAUUGCACGGGUGAUCAAGCGUAUCAACCGACCGGAUAACAGUCUCACCCGGCUCCGUGGAAGUGCCCAGUUCCUGCCGAAUGGCAACACCUUCUGCGGAUGGAGUGAAUGGGGCUACCAAAGCGAGCACGGGCCGGACGGCAAGUUGCUGAUGCAGGCCAGGUUUGUGUCUGAGCGAUUUUCCUCGUACCGGUCCUAUAAAUUCCCCUUCACUGGCCGUCCCAACGCCCCCCCGGAUGUGGUGGCAUCUGUGUAUGGAACAGACGAGACGGACCUCAGCACCAUCUUCUACGUCAGCUGGAACGGCGCUACAGAUAUCAAAACAUGGAACUUCUACGCGCGGUCGGAUCAGUAUGGCAUCCCCGUGCUGGUUGGCAACACUACCAAGACCGAAUUUGAGACCAUGUACAUUGCCAAGGGGUACCUGGAUUUUGUGUCCGUUGAGGCCGUUGACCAGGACGGAAACGUUCUGGGCAAAUCAGAGCCACUGCGGGUUACCACCCCUCAGAACUGGAAAUUGGCUGGCUUCCAGGGCGAGGAGCGUCCAUCCCCCAAUGACCCAUCCGUGCUGUACGCCCACAAGAUAGCAGAUGAACAUGAAGACGUCCCUGAGCCGGUCGAUAAGGCCCAGGAAAUGGCCAAUGCCGUGUUCAAGGCGUAUGAAGUGAUUCGCGCAGUGGGCGGUCUCUUGGUCUUCAUCCUCAUUAUUUGCUCCGUGGGCGGGCUCCUGGCGGGCAUUUACUGGUACCUUUAUCGCCGUCGUAUGCAGGCAUACACCGAAGUUCCCUCGGAGGAGGGACAUGCCCUGGAGGAGAGCCGAUCCAACUAA